AUGGCGUGGAGGACGCACCGAAUGAGCAAGAUGCAUGCGCGAGCCAAGGCGAAAGACAAGGCUGACGACCAGCACCACCACGACGAUAUCGCCGAGUACGAAGACAAUAGCGGAGAAGGAGGGAGAAUGACAUUCAACCAUCAAGGGAGGCGUUGGCGGUGGAAGAGGAUCCUACACCGGGUGGGCUGGAUCCGGAUGUCUUCCGACUUUUAUGGGGACGAUGACGGUGACGACGACGACCACGAGCGGGAGAUGCGAGCUAUGGGCAGACGAGGCGCCGUGGUGGGUGAGGAUGCCGCUGGAGAGGGUAUCGUUUAUGCGCGGCCUAUUGGAAUGGAGGUUCCAUCCAGGACGAGAUCUAAGCCUGGCACGGAGACUUUCGCUGCUGCCGGUGCUGCUGGUGCUGCUGGUGGUACGAACAAACUCCCCAAGCCAACCGACGUUCCUUGUUUCGAGAAUCUCGGCGGCUAUCGAUACGGCGACUUCGCGUACGGUCCGGACAACAUGUCGCCGCUGCCAGUGCCAGUGCCAUUGCCAGUGCCAUUGCCAUUGCCAGGCCCGCUUCCAGUCCCGGUUCUAGAGCCAGUCUCAGUUCCAGUCUCAGUCUCGACCAACACCUCACAGCACCAUCGACAUCCCCAACACUACCAUCAACACUCUUCUUCACAGGCCGUCGCAGAAGUGGAAGCCAUAUCAGUCGCGUCUGGUACGUCAGUGUCAGCAAGCAAGCGUAAGGAUCCUGUGCAAGCCAGGCACGCGUGCUCUCUGACGUCUUACAAUGGGUUUCCCUCUUCAAGCCAGGACGACAUUAUGGCCGCGCUGCCCAUCCCGAGGGAUCACCCUCUAUCUCAGCAUCAUCCAAUUGGCCACCAAUAUGCUUUUGUUUUGCCACUUCGAAGAGCGCGCACGUUGUUCAGUGGAGAUGAGGAAGAAGUCCACAGAAAAGAACAGAAACUCGAAGACGAGGAUCGCAUUCUCCAAAUGAAGGAAUUUGUACUUCGGGAGGAAGUCAAUGAGAGCAACGUCCAGGAGAGCAACCUUCAGGAGGAAGGAUGGAAGGCUCCAACUUUUCAGUACGAACGCGAGAGUCUUGUUCCUGCACCACUGAAUCCACGGAGAGGGCGACACAGUCCUGCGGCUAGACGCAGAUCCAGUGCCAAAGCCAGUCGAACAUGGACUGCCCAAGGAGCACAGACCAAGGUUGUGGAACGAACAAGUCCAGCUCCAGCCUCUUCUCGGCCUCAAUCGUGUUGUGUUUCUGGUUUUGGCUCCCUAGCGCCAGCCGGUUCUGGCACCAGGUACAGCCACUUUGAAAAUCCACUCAGACAACACCCGGUCGGAGGCGAUGACGGUUUACGACCAAUGAGCGAGAUAGAAGCACGAUCGGGGCCUCACGAGAGAGCGGCUCUGGAUCUGCCGACUGAUCAGGCCGAGGAAGAAAGAGAGACGGUUGAUCCGAAAUGGCCGUUCGUCAGUAGCAGGAGACGCAAGCGCUAUACUUUCGCAUUCGACGCGGCACAGUCACAGAAUGAGGAUGCGCAUACCCCCGCACCACCAGGCAAAGGCCAGGUAGAAGAUGUCGACCCUUGCUCAUCUCGAAUUGACGGUCAAGAUGAAGGUGACCAUCCUUGCUCAGUCCAAGACGGAGGCCAAGCGACGAAGAGGUCAAAUGCGACGACGAUUGAGCAUUCCUGCCGUUCGGGAGACGAGUUGAAGAUCGCUUUUCAUACCCCAAAGGACGGCGCUUCCCUGCCAAUCUCAUUCCAGUUCGGGGCACGACAUGCAACGAUUCCGCCAGAGUUCCCUGGACUGGAGGAGUGUAAUUCGCCUGAGUUAACGAGGCAAAGAGCAGCUUAUCCACCUGCACUCCAGAUUGGGAGAAGCCCUGGAGCUCUCACUCAGCAGAACCGCCAUUUCAGUGUUUGCGGCAGGACCUGGACCACCGUGCGUUCGAGUUCAAUAGGACGAUCGCCCGAGAAGCCUAUGAGGCAGACCUGGAGGGCUGAGGAGCUCAAGGUGGUCGGGUUGAAGCGAGGUCAUGAGGCGUGA